CAGCACCCGACAGAAAGCGCCCCUGAGGGGCUUGGGUCGCUCUUAGGGUGGCCAGAGCCACCAUCCUCUGUCCCCCCCGACGGCUGGGGGGAGGGGGGAGGAGGCCCCGCGCCCCCCUCCCCGGUGCCAACUCCCCCUGGCGGCCGCUCCCAUGGGUGUCGCUGGGCCGCGCCAUGCCUAAGGGGGCGCCGCGAUGGGCCAAGGGGACGAGAGCGAGCGCAUCGUGAUCAACGUGGGCGGCACGCGCCACCAGACGUACCGCUCGACGCUGCGCACGCUGCCCGGCACGCGGCUCGCCUGGCUGGCGGAGCCCGACGCCCACAGCCAUUUCGACUAUGACCCGCGCGCAGACGAGUUCUUUUUCGAUCGCCACCCAGGCGUCUUCGCGCACAUCCUGAACUACUACCGCACUGGCAAGCUGCACUGCCCAGCCGACGUGUGCGGGCCACUCUAUGAGGAGGAGCUGGCCUUCUGGGGCAUCGACGAGACCGACGUGGAACCCUGCUGCUGGAUGACUUAUCGCCAGCAUCGCGACGCAGAAGAGGCGCUUGAUAGCUUUGGCGGCGCACCCCUUGACAACAGCGCCGACGACGCGGACGCCGACGGCCCCGGAGACUCAGGCGACGGUGAGGACGAGCUGGAAAUGACCAAGCGCCUAGCGCUCAGCGACUCCCCAGAUGGCCGGCCCGGCGGCUUCUGGCGCCGCUGGCAGCCGCGCAUCUGGGCGCUCUUCGAGGACCCCUACUCAUCCCGCUACGCGCGGUAUGUGGCCUUUGCCUCCCUCUUCUUCAUCCUGGUCUCCAUCACCACCUUCUGCCUGGAGACCCACGAGCGCUUCAAUCCCAUCGUGAACAAGACAGAGAUCGAGACUGUUCGGAAUGGCACGCAAGUGCGCUACUACCGGGAGGCGGAGACGGAGGCCUUCCUCACCUACAUUGAGGGCGUCUGUGUUGUCUGGUUUACCUUCGAGUUCCUCAUGCGUGUGGUCUUCUGCCCUAACAAGGUGGAGUUCAUCAAGAACUCGCUCAACAUCAUUGACUUUGUGGCCAUCCUCCCCUUCUACCUGGAGGUGGGCCUGAGUGGCCUGUCCUCUAAGGCUGCCAAGGAUGUCCUGGGCUUCCUGCGUGUCGUCCGCUUUGUGCGUAUCCUGCGCAUCUUCAAGCUGACCCGCCACUUUGUGGGCCUGCGGGUUCUGGGCCACACUCUCCGCGCCAGCACCAAUGAGUUCUUGCUGCUUAUCAUCUUCCUGGCCCUGGGCGUCCUGAUCUUCGCCACCAUGAUCUACUAUGCCGAGAGGAUAGGGGCACAGCCCAAUGACCCCAGCGCCAGUGAGCACACCCACUUUAAGAACAUCCCCAUUGGCUUCUGGUGGGCCGUGGUCACCAUGACGACGCUGGGCUAUGGAGACAUGUACCCACAGACGUGGUCCGGCAUGUUGGUGGGAGCGUUGUGUGCGCUGGCGGGUGUGCUGACCAUCGCCAUGCCCGUGCCCGUCAUCGUGAACAAUUUUGGGAUGUAUUACUCCUUAGCCAUGGCUAAGCAGAAACUACCAAAGAAAAAAAAGAAGCAUAUUCCACGGCCACCGCAGCUGGGAUCUCCCAAUUAUUGUAAAUCUGUCGUAAACUCUCCACACCACAGUACUCAGAGUGACACAUGCCCGCUGGCCCAGGAAGAAAUUUUAGAAAUUAACAGAGCAGAUUCCAAACUGAAUGGGGAGGUGGCGAAGGCCGCGCUGGCGAACGAAGACUGCCCCCACAUAGACCAGGCCCUCACUCCUGAUGAGGGCCUGCCCUUUACUCGCUCGGGCACCCGCGAGAGAUACGGACCCUGCUUCCUCUUAUCAACCGGGGAGUACGCGUGCCCACCUGGUGGAGGAAUGAGAAAGGAUCUUUGCAAAGAAAGCCCUGUCAUUGCUAAGUAUAUGCCGACAGAGGCUGUGAGAGUGACUUGACCAGGCGGCUUGGCCGAGGACACUGGUGGCUAUUAAGCAUCUGGGUGGACCAGCAGCCCCUCCUCACCCUCGGACAGAGUAAAUUCACGCCAUGCAGGUUUGCCGGACGAGUCCGAGUGGCCCAGGUCUUGUACUAGGACGGACGUAGCUUUUUCUACGGCCAAAUGGUAACUGACCGUAGAGGAUUUCUUUUCCUUCUUUUCCUUUUUUUUUUUUUUUUAAUUUUAUUUUAUUUGGGGAGGGCGGUGGAGGGGUUCCUUAGCAUGACUUGCAUGAAGUUAAACAGAAAACCCAGCAAACCAAACCCACCAACCCCCCUGCAACUGUAAUGAUCACCCUAAACAACAACGACAAGAAAAAGGAAAAAGUCCUCUAUUUUCUUUCAAAGCUCUUUACUUUUAUUACACACGUUGUUGGAGCCAG